AAUGAGUUCUACAAAUGAUCAAAAACCUGCCGUUUCUUUUUCUCAAAUUGAAGCAACAUCAAAUCAAACAAUAAAACAAAAUUCCUCACAGAAUGCUGGACAAGAAAAGAGUUCAAAUUCUGCAAGUGGUACAAAUUUGGGAAUUAAAGAAAAUUCUCACAAUCAAAAUAGCAGUAAUUCUUUGAGUCAAGGGGAAUGGCUUCCUUCAUCUAUUCAUUUAUGUGCUUACCAUGAUUGCAAUUCUUUGGCCAAUGCUUGGAGUUUAGGUCUAAAUGUAUCCAGUCUGAAUGGGCCAACGGGUGCUUCACAGGCUCAGAGUCCAUCUGAAGAUGAUGCAGGUGAUGGAAAAAAUGAAUUGGGUGUUGAGCCUGUUAGAAGAAUUGCUCUCUCUAGGCAUACUUGUUAUCAAAAUACCUCAGGAAAAUCACAAGUUUCUCCAAAUAAAUCUGCCGAAGAAGAAAGUCUUCAAACAAGGCAUAGAGAACAUAUAGCUUCUGAAAUUGGUGUACUUGAGGAUGUUUCUAAUGUAUAUUUGGGUGGUAAACUUUGUUCUGAUAGGCAAUCUAAAAUUGUUGUUGAACCCCAAGAUAUGGGAAGCUAUUAUUAUAGACAUUGUUUUGUUGGAAGAAUUCACAUUGAAUAUUGUGGAAUGGAUGAGACAUUGGGACCAUGUGUUGUAUCAAUGGUCCGAGAGGAGACUAAAGACGGGUCUAGCCAGCAUAAUAUUUAUCGUCUCGUCCUCCGGAUAAGUGAUGUUUUAACAAUGCGUGUUUCUGUGCCAGAGGAGGCACUUUCUGAUGCUCAAGAUCGCAGUACUCGUUCUUUAAUGCGUGAAUUACUUGAUAUUGUCUGCCCCCAAAUUCAUUUUGCCUCUCUUAGACCAACUACGAAUAUUCAAAAAGUUGAAGAACUUUUACUGAAAAUAGAUGAACAACCAAUUUAUACAAGAUAUAAAGUUGGUGUUUUGUAUUGUAAAGAUAACCAAUCUACCGAAGAACAGAUGUAUAAUAAUGAAAAUUCUUCUCCACAUUUUGAAGAAUUUCUUGAUUUUCUUGGCACUCGAGUAAAGCUCAAAGGUUUAGAUGCCUUCAAAUACAAAGGUGGCUUAGACACUAAAGGAAAUACUACAGGAUUAUAUAGUAUUUAUACUGAACACCAUUCUGCUCAGAUUAUGUUUCAUGUUUCUACAAUGCUCCCAUUUACUCCAAAUAAUAAGCAACAGUUGGCAAGAAAGCGACAUAUUGGCAAUGAUAUGGUUACAAUAAUUUUCCAAGAGCCAAAUGCAUUGCCUUUUUCGCCAAUAACAGUCAGAUCACAUUUUCAACACGUUUUUAUUGUUAUACGUGUAUCCAAUCCACUUACAGAAAAUGUUAGUUAUAGAGUUGCUGUCGCUCGUGCCAAAGAUGUACCUGCAUUUGGACCUCCAGUUUCCUCAAGUGCUGUAUAUCAGAAAAGUACCCAUUUUCAUGACUUUCUGAUCACUAAAAUAAUAAAUGCAGAAAAUGCUGUUCAUAGAUCUCGUAAAUUUGCUUCAAUGGCAGCUCGGACAAGAAGGGAGGCAUUGAAAGAUUUGGUUGAAAAUUAUGCAGCUACACACCAUUCUAACGAGGGAGCAUCUAGAAUUGCAUCAAGACUUCUAGGAGGAGGUGGGUCGGUGAAACGCCGCGAGAGAAUUGUGCCCAAGCCUGUCUUGGAUUCUGGACUACGUGGCGCUCUUUCCUGGCAAGUGGAAGUCUUCGAUCAUUCUCUGAAUCAAAGAAUGCCUGCUGUACUUGGGCUUUCCGCUGAUAACUUAGUCAUUUUGGAUGUUCCAUCAGGUCUUGUAAUUUUUGCUACACCAACACAUUCUAUUUUGGGUUGGAUACAAAUAGCAGAUAAUGGUGAAAGAGAAAUUGGGUUUCUAUUAAAGAGGCUUGUUGCUGUCACAAUUGGUGAUGAGGCAAAAGAAGUAAUUCUUCGAAAAACAAAACCUUCCGAAUCUUUUGGAUUUAAUAUUCAAGAAGAAGGAAUUGUUACAGAUGUCGAUAUGAACGCAAGUGCUUGGAGAGUUGGAUUGCGACAAGGGUCAAGAGUCAUAGAAAAUUCAGCCCUUUUUACUUACAAUGAACAACAUCUUGCUGACUUACUUACUGGAAGAACUCAAAUUAAAGUUACAAUGAUCUCGCCUGGAGCAGAUGGAAAUCCUAGACGUGGAUGUGAAGAUUCCAAUUGUCCAUCAGUAUUUGUUCCAGAUCAAUCAGAAGAAGAGCUUGGAAGACGUAAUCAACAACAACAAAAAUUGAAAAAACUUCCACCUCGUGUUUCGCCUUCUAGUGACUCUUGGUCUGGACCACAACCACCUUCAUCAACUUCCCUUUAUGCUAUUCCUGAACGAAAAAAAUUUUCAGCUCCAUCAUUUGGUAUUCAACAACCACAAAGACCUGUUAGUAGUAUGCAACAAAUGGGGAAAGCAUCAAUUGAUUUAGGGUCUAGAAAUGCUUCUCUUCGAACUUUGGAUCAUUGUGCAUCUGAAGACGAUUAUCGUUUUAUGCCUGUUGCCUCAUCCUCAAUUGUAACAGUUCAAUCUUCAAAUAUUCAUGAUGAUGCAAUGAUUGAUGGAGAAACAAACAAUCAACCACAGCAAUACGAACAACUUUCAUUAGAAAUGCGCUCAGUUGUUACACCUCAAAGUUAUUGUGCUGGUUCUCAAUUAUCUAGAAGAAGUCCAGCAUUAAGAACUGGAACAUUACAAGAACAACAAGAAGAAAAUGAUAACGAGAAUGUGUCUUGGAGACUUCAACAAACUCUUGAAGAAAAGAGAGCUUUGGAAGUGGAAUUGGAACAGAUACGGGCGCGAUUGUCUUCUGAACAAAGAGCACAUGAAAAUACUCGUAGACAGUUGCAGAUUGUCAAAGAAUAUUGUGAAAGAUUUUCAAUAAAUCCUCCAUCUUUUGAAGAUGAAGAAAACGACGAAGAAUUGUAAUAAAAAUAAUAUUUUUUUCUUUUUCCUUUCCUUAUUAAAAAGAUUCGACAUAAUUUUUGACCUAUUU